UUCUGAAUUGCUGCAAUGAGUCAUCCUCCGCCUGUUUCUUGUAUUCCAAACACUGCCAAAAUGUCGAAAGCUAAAAAAGUUAUAGAGGAAGCUAAAGAAAUAAAUAAUCCUGAAAUAGACUUAGUAGAUAAGGGAAUUUCAAGUUUAGAUGAAAUUCCUGGACUAUUUAGUCUUGAAAACAUAACUCGAUUAACUUUGAGUCACAACAAAAUACAAGUUGUACCGGCUGGGCUUGCGAAUUUGAUGAACUUGGAGAUUCUGAAUCUGGCCAACAAUCACAUUGAAGAAUUACCAGUUAGUCUAUCAUCAUUGCCAAAGCUAAGGAUACUAAAUGUUUCACUCAACAGGUUGUACAACCUGCCGAGAGGCUUUGGCGCCUUUCCUGUGUUGGAAAUAUUGGAUUUAACAUAUAACAAUUUAAAGGAAACCGCUUUACCAGGAAACUUUUUCAUGAUGGAAAGUCUAAGAGCUUUGUACUUGGGCGACAAUGAUUUUGAAUAUUUACCUCCAGAUAUUGGAAACCUGAAGAAUCUACAGAUUCUGUCUAUGAGAGAAAAUGAUCUUAUUGAAGUACCAAAAGAACUUGGUCAAUUAGCCCGCUUAAGGGAAUUACAUCUUCAGGGGAAUCGACUUGUUGUAUUGCCACCUGAAAUAGGAUCUUUGGACUUAGCCAGCAAUAAAUCAGUAUUACGUCUAGAGGGUAACUUCUGGGUUCCACCCAUCGAAGAUCAACUCAAACUAGGGCCAUCGCACGUCCUGGACUACUUAAAGUCUGAAACAUAUAAAGUUCUGUACAGUAGACAUAUGUCUGCGAAACCACCACCGCCACCACAAACCCUGGAUAAAAGCAAGAAAGCAAGCAGAGCUCGUUCCUGAACUAAGCCGACAAGGAAAACGCUUUUACUAAUGUUAGGAAAUAGAGUAACAAGAAAACUGUUGUAAUACAAUGUAACAUUAAUGUUUAAAUGUGUCUAAUGUUAAAACUGAUAUUACAUGUAUAUUUAUAUGCUUAUUUUAACUUAAGUGCCUUAAAUACAUAUUGAAAUGUGCCAUAGAAGAUUUUAAUAAAUACAAUAUAUGUUAUUGAAACAAAUUUAUUUGAAAAACUUGACUUAAAUAUAAGGAACACAAAAAAAUCAUACAAAUUAAUUGUCUUGAAUAACCAAACUUAUAUGGUGCUAACAUAAUGAAUUAUAUAAAAUAAAUUAUUACUAACAUACAA